ACCAGCUCUCGCUUCAGAUAGCACAAGUACGGCAUGGAACUAAAGCUUUGCAAGGACCUUCAUGACUUGCUAGUUGAAAGGCAGAAUGAGGUUCAAUUCAAAAUCGUGCAAAUAAUUCCUUCAAUCGAAGAAUAUGAAAACAGAGGCCCAUUUAUAGUUCACACGUCAAGCCUGGAUACGUUAGACAUCGGGAUGACAAAGAAGACAUACCUUCAGAUAUUCAUUGAAGCCCAUACUUAUUGGCAUCACGUAAUACUCCCAAAGAAGCUUCACUCGGAAGGAAAGUUAAAAGACCUUCUGACCAGUGAGCUCUACGAUAUUUAUUUCUCUACUUUAGGUUACUUGGUUACCACUAAUGAAAACCACACUAUCGUGAGGCUACACGAAUUGUGCCUAUUAGAGCUCGAGGAAAAAAGAGACGUUCCUAUUCUAGAGCUGGAAUUAAAAUUCCUUACUUGUUUGGUCAAUAGUAAAUUGAAAAGAAUAAAUAAAAGUGCUACGAUAUGGUUUUUGAUCAAAAAAAUUGCAUUAAGACUUAUCUUCAGUGAUUUGACCAAUACUCAGACUCAGUAUAAGAUGUUAGUUGAUAGAACCUUUAAAUCAAUUGAAUUACAUUUUGCUAACUACUACGCAUCUUCGUUUUUGAAAUGGCUCAUUAGGUAUAAUUACCUAUCGUCGGGCCAAGUCCACAUCCUACAAGAUAUACAGAACAGAAUACUCGGUCUUCUAAUAGAAGAAGCACAUAGCAAGCUCUCGGAUUUCUCCCUUUGGUCUUCUUUCGAAACCUAUCUAAGAGUACAUGGUGGAGUAGAAGAUGAUAAUGCUUACACGUACUUACAAGAAGAGGUCUCUUUUAUUACACAGCGAGACCUCCGUUGGGUACCAAGACAACCUGAUGAUAUCCAUCUGCUUCUAGUCUUAAUUGACGAACAAAUCUCGUGGCUUAUCAGGAUCGAAUGUGCUGUCGUAACCCCAUUCAAGUCUCUCAUGAAUCCCUUAGUAAACAUGUCUAUAUCCGAUUCAAAGAAACAACUUGUAAUGGGAAAGGUAAGAGAGUAUCAGAAAACCAUCGACAUGCGAAUCACCAGGCUCAAGGACUCUGGCUGCUCAGACCCAAGUCUUCUUCUUACAAAAGAGACGUUUUCAAAACACUUGAAGGACUUGUGCUAACAAAUACAUUUUGCAAUUAAAGUGAAAGGUGUGCGCAUACCUCUUGCUUUUGGUAAAGGAUCAAAAAAGAAAAAAAAAAAAAUGCGAUCCUCUUGUGAAUAGACUCACGUAAUACCAUAACUUAGUCUAAUCUUUUGAUCAGAAAUCUUUUGAUCAGAAAGUUAUAAUCAGAGUAGUUGCUCCG